AUGGGUACUUUACCUGUGCAUUCUUCAAAAAACGGGCAAUCAUCGACCAUAUCUCGGCUAUUUUGGCCGAAAACUACAUCGCCGUCCGCCACAGUAUCGCGCACGAAUGCUACAACACAGGGAGGCGAUCAAACGUCCGAGACUGCUCAGUCUGUCAGCACAACAACACAGCCUAUAUACAUGAGCUCGAGCUCGCAAAAGUCUAGUCUAUCAGCCUCGGACUCUGUGGGCGUUGUGCACGAUGGUGACUUUAUGUGUACAGAUCACAGCUCUCCCGACGAUGAAGAAGAUGCGGGUUCUGUUCUUACUGAGGAUGAAGAAGACGAAGAAGACUACUGCCAGGGUGGCUAUCAUCCUAUGAAUGUGGGUGAUGUGUUUUCAGAGGGUCGAUACAUCAUUGUUCGCAAAUUGGGCUGGGGGCACUUUUCUACAGUAUGGCUCGCCAAAGACCGUGUCGCCAAUCGUCACGUUGCAUUGAAAGUGGUAAAAUCUGCACCACACUAUACCGAAACAGCGUUAGAUGAGAUCAAGUUACUCCAACGCCUUGUAUCUGCAAACCCAGAGCAUCCUGGAUGCCGCCACUGUGUCUUUUUGCUGGACCAUUUCCGACACAAUGGGCCCAACGGAUCUCAUGUCUGCAUGGUCUUUGAAGUGCUCGGUGAAAAUCUGCUCGGACUAAUUAAGAGAUACCAACAUCGUGGUGUGCCUGUACAUAUUGUGAAGCAAAUUGCAAAGCAAGUUCUACUUGCUUUGGACUAUAUGCACCGUUCGUGUGGCAUUAUUCAUACCGACUUGAAGCCUGAAAAUGUUCUUAUUUGCAUUGAUGACGUUGAAGCUGUGGUCGAAGCAGAACUUCGGACACAUCCAAAGGUCGUUCCCACGAAAUUGGUUGGUGUUCCACCCAGUCAAGGUCGCGGUGGUGCUCAGACGCCACGGCGGGACUCGGUGUUGAUUACGAGCUCUCGUCCUUUGUCGAGUCCUAGCAACAGUCUUGGAACAAGUCCCUUGCUGGACAAAAUGGCCAUUGCUCUCACAUCUUAUGCGGAUCAAACGCAUUCUAAUGAUGCAAGCGCACAUACUUCACCCAAGAGCUUAUCCACCGUGUCGAGUCUUCCACCGAACGCUCGCACAAACAAUAUCGACGUGACAAGCCCCCAAAAUAGUAUGAUGCUGGGUGGAAAGGCAUCAUUCCCUAUGCAAAAGGGCCCCUCGCUGCUUACGCAACAAGCACAUUUGGCUGAUACGACGUCUCACUCGAAGGAUCCAUCGCCAUUGUCGACGUCACAACAACAGCAACAUAACGCGGAGUCACCUGCACUCCAUUCUUUGCCAAUGAGUGAAACGCCCGAGCCAUCUCAACCUGCACCUGCCCCAAGUGAUUCAACGGCCUUGCCUCCUCCGCCGCCUUAUGAUCCCUCUACGCUUGAACGCAUCACAGUCAAAAUUGCAGAUCUCGGGAAUGCGUGCUGGACGGACCAUCACUUCACUAAUGACAUACAGACGCGCCAAUACCGCUGUCCCGAGGCCAUAUUGGGGGCCAAGUGGGACACCACGGCAGAUUUGUGGAGUGCUAGUGCCAUGUUUUUCGAGCUGCUGACAGGUGACUAUUUGUUUGAUCCAGCCGCCGGCGCCAAGUACAACAAAGAUGAUGAUCACAUUGCUCAGAUCAUCGAAUUACUGGGUAACUUUCCAAAAAAUGUGGCUUUUGCUGGGAAGUACAGCGCAGAUAUAUUCAAUCGAAAAGGUGAACCUCGCCAUAUUCACAAGCUACGGUAUUGGCCCCUAGUUAAUGUUCUUCAAGAGAAGUAUCUUCUUAUUCCAGAACAUGCUGUCGAAUUAUCCUCAUUCCUUUUGCCCAUGUUGCGGCUUGAUCCGAAAGAACGUGCUUCGGCGCAAGAAGCCCUCUCGCACCCUUGGUUACAUGGUGUCAUCACACAGGGUGAGCUGGAGCUGGCACUUCUUCGGCAGCAGCGUGCCCAAGGAUCAGAACAGGGCGCCGGUCCGACAUGGUAUGAGCGUGAUGUGAAAGAUGCCCUCAAGCCUAUUCAGCCAUUUGGAAAGUCGCCUGUACAUGCAGCUACACCACUAUCUUCCAGUCUUUCUGAGCAGCAUGGCAACAGUAACAGCAGUGACGGUAAUAUUGAUACAACCGCUCUGCAGACUCAGCUGUCGUAUGCGCAGCUCUCCGGUGAAUUAGACCACCCAACGAUACCGUCAUAA